AACUAUCGUUAAAGUAACUUUAGUGAGAAUAGUUUUUAUUAUACAAAUUUUUUAUACGAUUCCUGAAAUAUUGCAAAUAUGGUCAUAAACUUUGGUGAAAUGUUUAGGGGAACUUUUCCUCAAUUUGUAGCAGCUAUAUCAGGCACUUUGUUCGCCAUAUCAGAUGGAAUGACCUACGCAUGGACUGCGCCUUACGUCCCUUACCUCCUGAGCGAGAAGAGCCACAUCAAAACCACCCACAAGGAGGGAGACUGGUUGGAAACAACUCUUCUCAUAGGUUCCUUUUGCGGCAUUCCCAUAACAAUAUACCUAGUGCACUUCGUAGGGCGUAAGAAAGCACUCCUUAUCGCCUCCUCUGUGGUUCUUCUGUCGUGGUUAACUAUGGCACUGGGAAAUAGAAUAGAAUAUAUAUUUGCUGCGAGAUUCUUUCUGGGCAUAUGUUGUAAUAUGGCCAUCGUGGCAGCACCCAUGUACACAGCGGAGAUAGCAGAACAGAAGAUAAGGGGACUGUUGUCUGGAAUCAUAUACAUCAACAUGCACAUAGGUUGUCUGGCAGUCUAUUGCGUAGGACCAUACCUCCCAUUCUAUGCAGCACCUGUAAUCGGAGCUACAGUUGUCGUACUGGAACUUCUGAUCUUUUCAACGGUACCAGAAUCUCCUCAUUUCUUAUUGUACAAAAACAAGGUGGAUGAAGCAAGGAUAGCCUUGGAAUACCUACGACCGAACGGCGAUGUAGACAAAGAACUGAAGGAAAUCUGCGAUUACAUAGAAAGACAAAAGUCAGAUAAAGGAAGAAUACAAGACCUCUUCUUGAUUAAAAGUUCUCGUAAAGCUACUUUUAUCCUAGCUGUACUGAAUACAGGUCAACAUCUGUGCGCUUACACCGUCAUGCUGAUGAAUCUACACUUGAUACUAGAAGCAGCAGGAACGAUCUACAUGGACUCUGCGGUUGCUGCUAUUCUUUUCGCGGCUAUAAUGCUUCUAGCGACUAUUUUCGGGUCGUUCCAGUCGGAUAUGUUCGGAAGAAGAGCUCUGUUGAUAUUCUCAAGUCUCCUAACUUGCCUCUGUCUUCUCGCACUGGCUAUUUAUUUCAAUCUGAAGGCUUUGGGCUACAAUGUCUUACCCGUGAGCUGGGUACCCAUUGUUUCUUCGAUGAUAUACGCGGGAGUCUUCAAAGCUGGCAUGGGGAUUGUGCCUAUUAUGAUCACAGGUGAAAUGUUUCCAGUGAAGUUGAAAUCAAUUGGUGUGACAGUCGCUGAUGCGAUGUAUGUUAUAGGAGGCAUUGUCGCUUUGCAGAUAUAUCAGAUUCUCUCUCAGAAGUAUGGGUUGCACGUGCCUUUUUAUUUUUUUGCCGCUUGGGCGUUUUUUGUACUUACUUUUACCAUAUUUUACAUUCCUGAAACCAAGGGGAAGACGUUGGAUGAAAUACAACAAAUUCUGAAUGGUGAGAAAGUAGUAGAGGAACAUUCUCAAUGUGAUACUAAAAUUUAGUUAAUCAUAAGUAUAAAAUUGUAAAUAUUUUUAAAAUUUUUAUCUGAAUGUCUCUAUCAAUAUGAAUGUAUUAU